UACUUUUAAUUAUAUUCUUCAAAAUAUAGAAAAAGCCUCGGUAGUUACUAAUUUAAUUCUAACAUUAAUAGUUUGGUUGGUAUAAUAGUUGUUGUAAAUUGUAAUUGUAGAUGACAAACAAAGCACGUGAUAGACAAGUUGGUGGGGUCCAAGCCGUUAAAUUCGCGUAAAGUUUUCAUCCAUAAAUACCAACAUUGUCUCAACUGUAAUUCCUCGAGAGAAAUAGAAAGAAAUUCAAUUGAAAAAGAGGGGAAUCUCUGUAACCCUAGUUUCAUUCAUAAACCCUAAAUUGUUUCAGCUUUCCUCUCUCUUUCAACAAAUCUUAAUCCUUUCUCUUUUUCUCCGCUACCUUUCCAGAUCCAAAUAAAUAGAAUAGCCAUGGUUUUCUGGGUUUUUGGAUAUGGUUCACUGGCAUGGAACCCAGGAUUUGAAUAUGAUGAAAAAAUUGUUGGAUUCAUAAAGGACUACAGAAGAGUGUUUGAUUUAGCUUGUAUUGAUCACAGAGGAACACCUGAAAACCCUGCAAGAACUUGCACUUUGGAGGAGAAAGAAGGGGCACUUUGCUGGGGAGUUGCUUAUUGUGUUCGAGGAGGUCCUGAAAAGGAGAAACUUGUUAUGCAGUAUUUGGAGAGGCGUGAAUGUGAGUAUGAUAAAAAGACUCUUGUCAACUUUUACAAGGAAGAAGAUUCACUGAAUCCUACUCUUACUGGAGUUAUUGUAUUCACAUCUACUCCAGACAAAGUAAACAACAAAUACUAUCUAGGACCCGCUCCCCUGGAGGACAUGGCUAGGCAAAUAGCAACUGCUCAUGGUCCUUGUGGAAACAACCGGGACUAUCUUUUUCUUCUAGAAAAGGCUAUGCAUAAUCUCGGUCAUGAGGAGGACUAUGUGAUAGAACUUGCUAAUGAAGUGAGGAAAGCACUUGGAGUGGAGAAUGUAGUGCCAGCACAACUUCAACACCAGCCACAUGUACCAAUUUCAACCCUUCCCUUGAAUCCACUGCCAGAGCCUAUUGCUUUGGAUAGUUGAGAAGCUGGAGUUCCUUAUCUAAAACUGAUUUACUGUGGACCCUGCUAACCAUCAUCAAUCAAUUUUUUAAAUCUUGUAGUUGCCCACUUAUGCUAGUUUUAGCCUGCUUUUUCACCCAGUCCCUUGAGAUGUUGGUUAGAUCAUGUGAGAGACAGUUUUCUGAAUUGGAAUGUGCGCCGAAACUUUAACCAAUGGCAUUCCUGCAUAACUGAAAUGAGUCUAUCUUUUUUGAGCAACUA